AGGUUAAGAAAGAAUAACUUUUUAUGCAUCUAAUAGAAAAUAAUUAAAUGCUAUUAAUAGAAUAUACUAUUUUCAAUUCUAAUUGGUAUACAAAAUUUCUCAUUUAUUAUGUCAAAUAUUGAGUUACAUGAUACGGAAAUAGAAGAAUUCGUCAGAACUUAUGAUGAUCUUUUAAAGGAAAGACAAAAUGUUGAAUAUGAAACUGCUACUUCAGAAGAACAAGAUCAAGUUGAGAAAAAUAUACUUAACUUCUAUAAAUUACAUAAGCAGCCCAUAUUACUUAAAUAUGAACAUAUUAGUUUCUUAAAAAACUCUUUAUCUCAUUUAUCUAGACAUUAUGAGUCAUUAGAUUCUAGCAGACCAUGGCUGUGCUUUUGGAUUUUACAUUCUCUUCAUAUUUUAGGCGUAAGAUUAGAAGAUGAAGAUUAUUCAAAAAUUGUUAGUUUUUUAUCAAAGUGUCAAGAUCCAGAAGGAGGAUUUGGAGGUGGUCCAGGGCAAUUUCCUCAUUUAGCUUCUACCUAUGCAGCAAUUAAUGCACUUUGUACAAUUGGUACAAAAGAAGCAUAUAAUGUAAUUAAUAGACAAGGACUUUAUCAGUUUCUAAAGUCAUUACGCAAUGCUGAUGGAAGUUUUUGUAUGCAUAUCAAUGGUGAAAUUGAUUUAAGAGGAAUAUACUGUGCUCUGGUUGUAGCAAAACUUACAAAUGUUUAUAAUCCUGACAUAUUCAAGAAUACAGAGAAGUGGAUAGUGAAUUGCCAAACUUGGGAAGGAGGAUUUAGUGGUUAUCCAGGCAUGGAAGCACAUGGUGGUUAUGCUUAUUGUGGAUUAGCUUCUCUUAUUUUAUUAGAUAAGACUGAUAUUUUUGACUUACCAGCUUUUAUGCGAUGGAUUGUUAACAGACAAAUGCGUUUAGAAGGAGGUUUUCAAGGGCGUACAAAUAAAUUAGUUGAUGCAUGCUAUUCAUUUUGGCAAGGUGCAACACUUGUUUCAAUACAGACAAUUUUAGCAAAGGAGACCAAUAUAAUUUUAGAUCAUUGGCUAUUUGAUCAAGCUGCUUUACAAGAAUACUUAUUAAUUUGCUGUCAACAUUCUAAUGGAGGAUUCCUAGAUAAACCUGAAAAAAAUUAUGAUGUGUAUCAUACAUGCUAUGGUCUUAGUGGUCUUUCAGUGGCACAAAAUUCUCCAGAACCAUCAGUAAUUGGACCUCAACAAAUGAAUUCAAUUCAUAUGAUACACCCUAUUUAUAAUUUAGUGUUUUCAUCAGCAAUUGACUCUGUAAAUUAUUUUGCUACUCUUUCAGUUCCUGAAUGAAAGAUAUACAUUUAGAAUUUAUAUUUAAUUU